GAACAGCGGACCUGUUGCAUCACUUGCGGAAGAGCGAUGCACACCGAUUGCGUGGGUGUUGCAAAGAAAGUGAGAAGACUGGCCAAGGAAGAGCAAUGCUGGAGAUGCGAGGACGAGACUGCAUGGGGUAUCGACAAAUACUGUGAGCCUGGACAAGUCCAGUAUCCUCUGGUUGUCCCUGGCACCGAAGCUGCCCUUCAGAUGCUACCGGAACCAGGUAGAAAUACCGCUCAGCGGCCGAAUGAACGUACGGCAAGCGACGCUGUUAUCAUCGAGAGCUCGGGUUCGUCACGCGGCGAACACUCAGUCCAACAAGCCAACAACCUUCCUCCUACCAGCGCUGAUCCUGCCCCUGGUACCGCUACAGCUCCAGCUUCUGCUGCAACUCCUGAUACCGCUCUAGCUCCGGCUUCCGGUACUGCUUCCGUCGAAAAUCCCGCUUCGAUCACCACGAACGCCAAUAUCAGCGACAGGGACUCGGCCAAACUAGUUCGAGAUCGCGGCCGUCUGGCAAAGGAAUCAGCUGAGAUUCGAAAGCGGGCGAAGCGCGAGUAUAAGAAACUCAACAAGAAGCAUAAGAAGGAGCUCAAAAAGCUCAGGAAGAAGAGCAAGCGGGAGCUCGAGAGUGUGACGAACCGUUACAAGCACAGGAGUAUAUCGCUGGGAUAGGUAGAACAACGGUAGUAGUAGCCGAAAGGUACUGAUUGAUUGUAGAAGCU